UAUUUGAUUGAUCGGUGGAUUAGCCGCUAUUAAUUUAAUAUCCAUUAAAAAUCUCCUAAUUUAGUAAAAUGGACCUUGAAGAGGUGUUUAUAGUUAAAAAUAACCCAGGACAAGGUUGUAAAUAAGUUGUUUGUUGUGGUUUUGCGGUGUGUUUAUUUGUUAUAAAAAGGUAUUUCAAUAAAUAAACAAUGUUACAUUCAGUCUCACCUUUAUUUAGGAAUUUUCAGUAUUUAACUGUUAGUUUCAGAAGUAUUCCAAAUCUAUUUCGCUACAAAAUGAGCUCGUCAGACGAUUACGUUGAAGACGUAGUUUGUAAAGUAAGUGAUUUAGAAGAAAACAAACUGAAAACAUUUCAGUUACAAGAUGAAGGUGAAGUGUUGCUUGUAAAACAAAAUAACAUUAUAAGUGCUUUAGGUUCUAAAUGUACCCAUUACGGAGCUCCGCUUGUAAAUGGAGCUAUUGGUAAUGGAAGAGUUAGGUGUCCAUGGCAUGGAGCUUGCUUUAAUUUAUCAAAUGGAGACAUUGAAGAAUAUCCAGGUCUUGAUUCACUCCCUUACUAUAAAGUAACUAUUGAAGGCGAUAAUGUUAAAGUCAGGGCUAAAAAAGAUGAUUUACUCACUAAUAAAAGGAUAAAACACAUGGUAGGGAAAUGUCAGUUUGAUAAAAGUUCUAUUGUCAUCGUUGGUGGCGGUCCAGCUGCUGCUACUUGUGCGGAAACUCUUAGACAAGAAGAUUAUGAAGGAGAUAUCACUAUGAUAUGUAAAGAAAAUUAUCUGCCUUAUGACAGAGUGAGACUCAGCAAACAAAUCGGUUUAAAUAUAGAUACGGCUUUGCUUAGAAACGAAGAUUUCUAUCAAAAAUAUAAUAUAAACGUAGUAAAAGGUAUAGAUGCCACCUCUGUUGACACUGUUAAUAAAACAGUAACUUUAAGAAACAAUUCCUGUCUUGGUUACAAUAAAUUAUUCAUCGCAACUGGUAAUAAAGCUAGAAGACCCUGUAUUCCUGGAGCUCAUUUAGAAAACGUUCUCGUUUUACGAAGCUAUGAGGAUUCGAAAUUAGCUAAAUCCUCGUUAUCCACAGAAAAAGAAAUGGUAAUAAUAGGUAGCAGCUUCAUAGCCAUGGAAGUUGCCGAUUAUUGUAAAGAUAAAGUGAAAAAAUUAACGGUUAUAAUGAGAGAUGAAGUACCUUUUAAACCGGUUCUUGGACCGAGAAUAGGAGAAGCAAUUUUGAAUUUGUUCAAAAAGAACGGAAUCAAUUUUAUUGCUAAAAUGGGAGUAGAUGCAAUAAACGGCAAAGAUAAGGUCGAAAGUGUUAAAUUACAUGAUGGUACGAUAAUGCCUGCUGAUUUGGUACUAUUGGGAACGGGCAGUAACACAGAUACUGCCUUUUUGAAAAAUUCCGGUAUACAGUUACAAGAAAACGGUACUAUUGAAACUGACGAAUACCUGCAGAGUAAUGUUCAAGAUGUUUAUAUUGGAGGUGAUAUUGCUUUAGCUCCUGUAUGGAGCAGUGGUAAUAAAAAAGCGGCGAUAGGACAUUUCGGUUUGGCGCAUUAUCACGGGAAAAUAGCCGCGUUGAAUAUGGCCGGAAAAAGAACGAAAUUGAAAACGGUGCCGUACUUUUGGACUAAAUUGGGCCCGUUAAGUAUAAGAUACUGCGGACAUGGAACUUUCGACGAUAUCAUAUACACUGGAAAUGUUGAGGAAUUGAAAUUUGUAGCGUUUUAUUUGAAAGACGACGUCGUCGUAGCUAUUAGUUCUUGUGGAAUGGAUCCGUACGUUUCGCAAUUCGCCGAACUUUUAGCAAAAGGAAGAAGAUUACAUAGAAGCGAUUUGCGCGGUGAUGAUCCGUUGAAAUGGGCUAAAUAAUAAAUCAUCGUUUAUCUACUUCUUCGUAGUACAACUAGGACGACAAAAAUCUCGAAAUUUUUUUCUAUUUAAUUAUAUAACUAAAAGAUCUGUUCAGUAAUUGAAGGUUCACUACUUUUGAAAAUAACUGUAUCUUCAUAAAUCCAUGUACUAAUCACUUAUUUACACGUUUUUUAGUUAAUUUUCUGCAUUUAAAAACAUUUUUUGUUAUUUAAAUAAUUUUUUUAUGAAUUUUAACUAUUUUUAUAUUAUAUAUUAACCCUCGUCAUUUUUUUCCCAAAAAAUAUUUCCCCCGUGUAUACUUGCAUUUAUUCAACGAGAUUCUAUCAUUUGUUAAAUUACGCAGUUUAAAUAGAAACAUAUUAAAAAAAUUAUAGAAAA